AUGACGGCCCCGAGUGAGAACCCCUUCGCGCCGCUCUUGGAGACUUUGGAAGACGCUUCCGCCUCCCAUGGAGAGCUGAUUGACGCGUACCUGACCCUGGCCAGUCGUAUGAGUGGAGAAGAAGGAAAAGAAGUAAUUACAGAAGUUGAGGAAAAGCUUUCUCGGUUAUAUAAAGUUUUUAAGACUCACAUUUCCAGUCAAAACCCAGAGUUAAGUAGCGCUGCUCUACAGGCCUUGGGAUUUUGCUUACACAAUCCCAGAAAUUCUUCAAUAUUAUCAGAAGCAGAAAUGCACGAGCUACUUUUAAAAUUGAAUGGUAUGAUUAAGACUUCAGACAAAAAUGUACGAACUAGGGCACUUUGGGUGAUAUCCAAGCAGACUUUUCCCACUGAAGUGAUUGGCAAAGCUGUAUCCAGUAUAAUUGAGACAUUAGAAGUAAUGUUUACUAAAGGAGAAAUGCAUUCUGCCACUCUUGAUUAUGAAGCAUUAAAUGUCAUCAUAAGAUUAAUUGAACAAGCCCCAAUUCAGAUGGGAGAAGAGUCAGUGAGGUGGGCAAAACUGGUCAUACCUUUAGUAGUUCAUUCAGCACAGAAAGUACAUCUGCGGGGUGCAACUGCUCUAGAGAUGGGAAUGCCACUGUUGCUUCAGAAACAACACGAAAUAGCAUCUAUUACAGAACAGCUUAUGACUUCUAAAUUGAUCUCAGAACUCCAAAAGCUGUUUAUGAGUAAAAAUGAGACUUAUGUAUUAAAAUUAUGGCCUUUGUUUGUCAGACUUCUUGGAAAGGCUUUACACCGAAGCGGCAGUUUCAUCAAUGCUCUGUUACAGUUGGAAGAACUGGGCUUUCGUAGUGGAACACCCAUGGUUAAAAAAAUAGCUUUCAUAGCUUGGAAGAGUUUAAUAGAUAAUUUUGCUUUAAAUCCAGAUAUUCUGUGUAGUGCAAAAAGACUCAAGUUGUUAAUGCAGCCUUUGAGUUCCAUCCAUGUGAGAACAGAAACUCUAGCAUUAACCAAGCUAGAAGUCUGGUGGUAUUUACUCCUGAGACUUGGACCUUAUCUUCCUGCUAAUUUUGAACAGGUUUGUGUGCCUCUGAUUCAAAGUACAAUAAGCAUUGAUGCUAAUGCUUCACCUCAAGGCAGUUUGUCUCGUGUAGCUACUCCAAAUCCUGCAACCCCUUUGCAUAAAGGUGCUCCCCAGUAUGGAACCCCUGUAACUCCUCGGAUGAAUUUGAGUUCAAAUUUGGGUGGAAUGGCCACAAUCCCCUCCAUUCAACUUCUAGGUCUUGAAAUGUUGCUUCAUUUUUUUAUGGGACCAGAAAUCUUGAAUUUUGCUAAGCAGAACAAACUUGCACUAAGUCUAGAGGCGCUUGAACAUCCAUUAAUUGGCAGCCCUACCUUUUUUUGCAAACAUGCAAAUACACUUAUCACUGCUGUUCAUGAUAGUUUUGUUGCUGUUGGAAAAGACGCUUCUGAUUCCGUUAUCAAUGCUAUUUGGAAGGAACUGAUAAGCUUGGUGAAGUCAGUUAUUGAAUCAGGUAAUAAAAAAGAGAGACCUGGUUCUGAAGUUUUGACGCUUUUACUAAAAUCUUUGGAAAGCAUAGUAAAGUCAGAAAUAUUUCCUGUGUCGAAAACGUUGAUUCUUAUGGAAAUUACAAUUAAAGGACUUCCUCAGAAAGUACUCGGUUCACCACUAUAUCAGGUUGCUAAUAUGGAUAUUCUUAAUGGAACUCCAGCUCUGUUUUUAAUUCAGCUGAUUUUCAACAAUAGUCUGUUACAAUGUGGUACAUCAAAUGAAAGUUUCUUUGUCAAUAUGGAAACACUUGUAGUUUGUGUUCUUUCUGGUCCAGCUUCACCACUAGCAUUCAGUGACUCUGUUUUAAAUGCUAUUAAUCAAAAUGCAAAGCAUUUGGAAAACAAGGAGCAUCUCUGGAGAAUGUGGAGUAUCAUUGUUAAUCCACUAACUGAAUUGAUUAAUCAGACCAAUGAAGUGAAUCAGGGUGAUGCCUUAGAACACAAUUUUAGUGCCAUCUAUAGUGCAUUGACUUUACCAAUAAACCAUGUAUUUUCUGUGCAGAAGUUUCCAGUGGCCACCAUGAAGACUUUACUUAGAACUUGGUCAGAAUUAUACCGCACAUUUUCUCGUUGUGCUGCUUUGGUGGCAACUGCAGAAGAGAAUUUGUGCUGUGAAGAACUUUGUUCUAAGAUACUGUCCAGUCUGAAUGAAGAAGACUUUUCAAAUUUAUUGUUUUUGGAUAGACUCAUUCACGUCAUGACUGUAAUGGUCGAUUGCAUUGACUAUUCACCAUAUAAUAUUAAAUAUCAGCCUAAAGUUAAAUCUCAGACAUCUUCGGACUGGUCUAAAAAGAAGAAAGAGCCUCUUGGGAAGAUGGCUUCCUUAUUUAAACUUGUGGUGAAAGUUAUUCAUUCUUUUCACAAUCUAAGCUACAAAGAAGCACAUUCUGAUACCCUCCUUGCAGUUGGGAACUCAAUCAUCAGCAUUCUUUUUAAUGUACUUGGACACAUUUCUUUGCCUUCUAUGAUCCAGAAAGUAUUUGCAACAUUGGCAAAGCCUCUAGCAUUAUUAUAUCAGAACUCAAAAGCUGAUGAAAUUCCUAAAGUAUAUAAUUCUCUGAACAGCAAGUUAGAAAAGCUACUAGGAGAAAUUCUUGCUUGCUUGCAGUCCACUUACACUGGAACUUAUGACAGUGAACUUCUUGAGCAUCUCUCCCCACUGUUAUGCAUAAUAUUUCGACACAAGAGCAAACAGAUACGAAAACAGAGUGCUCACUUCUGGAAUUCCACAUUUGCUAAAGUGCCAUUGUUGAGUUAUCCGGAAGAGUUAAAACCCAUACUAAGAGAAGCUAAGCAAAAAUGUCUACUUUUGUUGCCUGGUUUGGAAAAUGUUGGAACUAUGGAAGAAUCGAGUGGGCCAUAUUCAGAUACAAUAGAAAAUUCACAGUUAAAUGUGAAGAUAAGUGGCAUGGAAAUAAAAUCAAAUGGAAAAAGAGAUUCACUUUUGGCACAGAAAAAGGAUACAAAAGAAAUGAAAACACCAACCAAAAUGAAAUUGGAAUCAUUAUCCACAAAACUAAAGAAAGAAAUUCUUUUGGAAGAAGAAAAGUCCACUGACUUUGUGUUCAUACCUCCAGAAGGAAAAGAAACAAAGGAAAGAAUACUAACUGAACAUCAGAAAGAAGUACUCAAAACAAAGAGGGGUGAUAUUCCUGCCAUGUAUAAUAACCUGGAUGUUUCACAGGAUACCAUCUUUUCUCAUUAUAGCCAGGAAGAGUCUAUGGAAGUUCCUAUUUCUGCAGAAAAAGAACCAAAGAAAGAUUCAGAUAAAAAGAUUAAGGCAGAGCACACAAAGAAAGACAUCACGGCUUUUCAAGAUACCACAGAAAACUCCCGUGUAGAUGAGCAUCUUGAAAAUGCUUCCCUUUCAAAUAAGGAAUGUGAUUCUGUUGAGGAAACCAAUCCAGAAUUACCACAGAGCCGUGAUAAUGAUGCCAGGAAAAAACACUUCAUUUCAUCAAAGAAAAUAUCAACUGAACGUGCAUCUACUACAGAACACCAUGUUGCUGUCAGCAGUAGCUCAGUUUCUAGUGCCACUCUUUCUGGAGCUCCUUCACAGCCAACAAGCCGACGGCAAACUUUUAUUACCUUGGAAAAAUUUGAUGGUUCAGAAAAUCGGCCGUUUAGUCCUUCUCCUUUAAACUCUGUGUCAUCAACCAUUUCUGUGAAAAAUAACCCAGAGAAUAAAACUAAAGCAGAUAUCCCACCUAAAACAAAGAAAGGAGAAGUGACUGUCUCAAAAUCUGAGUCUGAAAAAGCAGUCAAUGGGCUUAAGAGGUCAGGUAGAAGAGCGAGUAAAGCUGAGCAAACAGGGAAUAAAAGAUCUAAGCCUUUCCUGAGAUCAGAACAGGAGAAAAAGACUUCAGAAUCAGUUGAUGGCGUUGUGGCCUUAGAAAGUAACUCAUCUGGUAUGCUUAAUCAAACAGACUGUGUCUCAGAUAAUCAAACUUGUCUUUCUGAAUCUACAAUGGAAUGUGAAGAUACUAAACAUAAACAACCAGUAGGAAAUACUGUAGUAUUGGAAAACAGUAUAGAAGAGAAAAGUUUAGGGGUUAAUUUAGAAUCCAAGGAAAACACCCCCCCAGCAGUAAUACCAGCAGAUCAAAUAGUAAAUGAGGAUAGUCAGACUUCAGCCACUUCAGGCCAGAAAACCCUUAGAAGGUCUUUAAGACGACGCUCCGAUAUAGCAGAAUCUACCUCUGAUAGCCAAGAUAAGGAAAAUAAUCACCAAAAAAAAGAAAGACGGAAAGAGGAAGAAAAAGUUCUACAAAAGAGUCCGUUGCAUGCAAAAGAUGAUGCAUUAUCAAAGCGUCAACUGGUUACAGAAAAAACGGCACAAGAAAAUGUAAUUGAAAAUGGAAAUAGUUUACCUGAGAAAACUUCUGGGGAAACUAGUACUAACACUGAAAUGGACCAAAAUGAGAGAAAACCAGAUCUUGAGAAUAUGAAGAUUGAGGAAGAUGGUGUCCAGGAUAUUGCAGACAAGUGCUCUGAGAAACCAGUACGGGGACGAACACGAUACCAGACAAGAAGAGCAUCCCAGGGUUUGCUUUCCAGUAUUGAGAACUCAGAAUCUGAUAGUUCUGAGGUAAAAGAAGAAGGUUCUAAAAAGAAGAGAUCUGCAAAAUGGAAAAACACAAGCAGUGACACUGAACAGCAGGAAGAGAAAGUAGUCAAAGAGGAAUGUGUAAGAGUUGACAGUCUCCCUCAUGACGGUAAAACAAGUUCUGAAGUAGACUUGUCUUCUAAGACUUUUGAUCAAAAAGAGGAAACUAUUGUAAUGCCUCAGGAUUCUAGAGUAUCUUCAGAUUUGUUAGAAGUUUCUGAUGUUCCAGAUACACAUGAGGGAAAAAGUAAAACUAACAGAUGCCCAGAAUAUUCCAUUUCAAGUCCACCUGUGGUGGAAUCAAAUCUAAGAACUAGAAAUGCUAAUAAAAGAAUGCAUAAGCGAGAUUCUUCAGAAAGUAACACUGCAGAGGAAUCCUCAAGUGCAGGGACACCAGACAUGUCAUUGGCUUCUGAAAAACCUGUACAGACACCUGAAUGCCAGCACAAGAGAAGUAAAAGAGUAAGAAGAUCCAAAGGCUGUGAGUGCUGUGGAGAAAAAUCACAGCCUCAGGAAAAGCCAUCCAUUGGGUUAAAAACCAUGGAAAAUUCUAAUUUAAAGAUCAUGGAAACAAAAAAGACAGAUUUACAAACAACAGUAACGAUACCAGAAACGUCUAAAGUUGAUCAGCAUUCAGAAGGAAAACUUUCCGAUAAAUACCAUAGUGUCAGUUUUAAUUUGGGUCUCAAGUUGGAGAGUGAUACUUGUAAUGAUUCAUUAAUUGUAUCAGAAACAGAAUUAAAAGAAAACACUACCCAAGAAUCACUUCAUUCUGAAAUGACCCAUUUUAACAAAGAAACUCAUGGCAUGGAUUCCAGCCAAGAAGUUACUCUUGAGAGUCAAGAAUCAUGUGAUAAAAAUUUUCAGACAGUUGGUCCAGAUUUAGAUUUAGGUGAUUCUAAAGAUGUUUCACAGGCAAAUUCUCUUUUGGAGAUGAAAGAAGACCCAGAAGCUACAACAAAGGAACCAAGUCUAGAGAACAUUAAUGUUGCUGCAAAUGCAUGUAGAAUAAAAGAAUCCAAUCUAGAGGAAGUGGAGGUUAUGGAAUUGGAGCGAGAAAGUAGUAAAUUUGAAAGUACCCCCUCUGAACAAGAGAAUGCCAAAACUGUAGUUUCUGAAGAAGAGACAACAGAAAAGAAAGAAGGGCACAAAGAAUCAGCCAAUACAGCUGAAGAACUGAAUGCUAAAUUGACAACUGAGGAACUUCAUUCAGAACCUAGCCCUUGUAAUGCUAUGCUACCUCUACAAGAAAGUGUUCAAAUGGAGAUUUCUGAACCAAUAACAGUUAGGGAACCAGAUGGAGGAAGUGAUAAAUCUGAUGCACAUUCACCUGAAACUGUGAAUGCUGAAGUGGAACACUGUGAAGAAGCCAGAGUUGAAGAAGUAAAUGAUGACACUAAUAGUUUGAAUCACACAGAGGCUGAGAAUAUAAUUACCAAAACAUUUGAGCCAGAAGAAACUGAAACAAAGAAGUUGAAUGUAGAAAUUGAUGACUCUGUUUUUGAUAAACUUGAAGUGAACACUGAAGAAAGACAAAUUGACUCUGAUAAAACUGAAACAAAUACAGAACUUAAUAAAUCUGAAGAAACAAAAUUAGAUGACAAUCAGAUGAUUAUAGACAAUCAUAAUGAAAUUUUAGAGGAGCCUUACCAUACUUCAGACAAAAUAGAAUCACCACAGUCUCUAACAUCUGGAACCACUGUCUCUGAACUGAUGGCAGCAGACAAUUUGUCUCCUCAAAAACUGAGGGAACUUGAUCCUUGCCUUUUGUCAGCUAAUGACAGUCCUAGUGGCCUGCAUGCUUUACAUGUCUGGUCUCCUUUGGCUUCUCCAUCCACCAGCAUUUUAAAGAGAGGACAGAAAAGACCCCAGGAAGAUGAGAUCCCAUCACCUGUUAACAAGGUUCGCCGUGUCUCCUUUGCAGAUCCAAUAUACCAAGCAGGACUGGCAGAUGACAUUGACAGACGAUGCUCCAUUGUUAGACCCCAUUCUUCUUCAAGUAGUUCUCCUGUACUAUUAAAAAGUGUUAAAACUUCACCUACUGCACAAUCUAAGCAUAAUACCACUUCAGCCAAAGGAUUUCUGUCCCCAGGAUCACGUAGCCCUAAAUUUAAGAGCUCAAAGAAGUGUUUAAUUGCAGAAAUGGCCAAAGAGUCUGUGUCAAGCCCAACAGAAAGUGUCUACCCAGCUUUGGUGAACUGUGUUGCACCAGUGGAUAUCAUUUUACCUCAGAUUACAUCAAACAUGUGGGCAAGAGGACUAGGACAACUCAUUAGAGCCAAGAAUAUAAAAACAAUUGGUGAUUUGAGUACUCUUACAGCAUCUGAAAUAAAAACUCUUCCCAUCCGUUCUCCAAAAGUAUCCAAUGUAAAAAAGGCCCUCAGAAUAUAUCAUGAACAGCAGAUGAAGUCUCGUGGAUUAGAAGAGAUUCCAGUUUUUGAUAUUUCAGAAAAAACUUUAAAUGGAAUAGAAAGUAAAUCUCCCUCUUCUGAAGAAGAAAAAUUUGCCUCAGAUUUGAUUGAUCCAGUUUCUUUAGACUCUCCAUUAUCCAAAAAUCUUGUGGCACAGAUAAGUGCACUUGCUCUUCAGCUAAAUUCAGAAGAUCUACAUAAUUAUUCAGGAAGCCAACUAUUUGAAAUGCACGAGAAACUUGGUAGUAUGGCGAACUCUAUAAUAAAAAACCUGCAGUCGCGUUGGCGGUCACUGAUCCCUGAAGAGUCUAUCUAG